CGCUUCUCUCUACGCAAAAAGGUUGAAAACUCAGCAAGUUCAGCUGACGAAGACAACUAUAAAUCGACAUAGCAGGAGCACUUGCAACUUCAAAAAGAAAAACAGAUGCAAAGUAGAGUCUACGUACUGUCAACAACUUGUUAGACACAAAAGAAAAUGCCUCUCUCCGCCACCUUCACUUGGACGGAGGACCUUGAUACGGUCACUUUCGUCGUCCGAGUCCCUGCCGUCAAAGCCAAUAAGGCGACCGUAGUGCUUUCGCCGAACUAUGUUAAAGUUAGCCAUGAGAAGCAUUUUUUCGAACAGGAUCUCGUGGAAGAGAUCGAUAUGGAUGCCAGUCAUGCCCGCAUCAGUUCCGACAAAGUCACGCUACUGUUGAAGAAGAAGGUUGCGAACAGAUGGGGAGAUUUUAGAUGGCAAGGAAAAACGAGAGUGGGAGAUCGGGUAGUUCAAUUAGAAUUUGAAUUUGUUUCGUGUUCAAUAAUUGUUUCGGUAGUGCAAAUAAGAUUCUUGACUAUCUAAGGAUCAAAAGCUUACUUCGGUAGUGCAAAGUUUGAUAUUGAUUUGAUUAUUUUACCUUCAAAUUACUCGUCUUGGAAAACCCCAUAUCCACACAGGAGGCCCUGAUCCAGCGCCGUAAAGACUCUCUCGCCGCUUGGGAAGAGAGGGAAAACCGACUGUCUGCGGAGCGCAAGGAUGCACGGUUUAAACUGAACAAGAAAGCCGAAGAAGAGCAGUGGCGUCUCGACCGAGAAGGACGGGAAAAGAUAGAAAAAUGGCAACAAGAGGAGAAACAGAUCGCAGAAGACGAGACUUUUCAAGUGCUGGAUUCUUUGGACGGUACUAUGUCCUUCUUAUCCAAGGCAUCCAGAGCUUUCACGGCUGCGUGAAAAGCUGGCAUAGCCUGGCUGAGGUCGUGGCUUGCUUCUGCUUGGAUUCUGGCAGCUUCGUCCUUUAGAAGAGCGGAAAACCAAGAAUGAGUAGUAGACAAACCAAGAAAUGCCAGCACUUCUAUGUAUUCCUCGUCGAGUAUUUUUAGGUAGAAGACGAGACUUUUCAAGUGCUGGAUUCUUUGGCUCUUCAAGAUCAUUUUUCACUUUUCAAUCUCCAGAUGCCUCCAGCACUGGCCGCAAGCGUUCACUUCUGGAUGACGAUCGCUCCACGGUGGAUGACGCGGGAGGAAGCACAAGUAGCAUUUUUGGCGAACAAGAUGAGGAAAAAGCUAGCGCUUCUGCGUCUUCUUCCAGUAAGAAGGCCAAGACGGCGUCAAAGGAAGAGCGACUCUUGCCAGGUGGAGAUGAUGAUGAGGAUGAAGAUGUUGAUGACGUGUCAGAAGAAGCAGACACACCCGACCAACCAGAUACUUCUAAAACAUCAAAAACCAAGAAGCCCCAAGACGACCCCGACAGUGAAGACGAGUAUCAACUUGAAGUGCUCCCACCAGUCCGACAACUUCCUAACGUCCGUAAAACCGAGAAGAUGAUUCUUCCAAUGACACGGCAUGCCAAGCCAGGAGUGCCUGCGCGAGAUCGGCCGGGACGUGCACCGCCACACCCGAGGGAACUUGCAGGUGCUGCAGUAGCGAAGCAACAACAUAGAUUGGAAGGGGAAACGGAGGAGGAUGAAACGGAUCCGGUGUGGCUGAAGGAUAAAGCAGAUCGAUGCAUGGCGGCAGGGGAUUAUAUUAUGAGGAAAGUUGAAGUUCUUGUUCUCCAAACUAUGUACUUGGUUACCGCGAGAGCAAUCUACCUACCGAGUCUAGUGAAACGACCGGUCAGUUUUUCCUCCGGAUUAUCAGCCCUUAGCCUUCCCUUCAUGGACAUCUAGUUUGUUUCAUUCCGAUGCUCCUCAAGGGCAAAGAUCAGUCUAUGAAAGACAACCUGGACAUAUUCAUUUACAUACUCAUUCCGACAGCACUCGUCUACAUUUGAAAAGUGUCUUUCUGCUUAUCUAAUCGGAACGGCGCUCUCCAAGCUUACACUUCGGCCUUAACCGAGUACAGCAACGCUCGCGCAUUCGGCAAUCGUGCUCUGUGCGCGAUGUACCUUGGCCGCUUGACCCAGUGCAUUGAGGAUUGCAACCACAGUCUCAAGAUCCUCAACAUGAAAAACAAGGUGCCGGAGGGGCAUUGUCCACCGCCAAAGGACCCUGAGGACGAACGUUUACGAGCGCGUGUCUUCGUCCGGAGAGGAGUCGCAUUCUUGUGGCUAGGAGACUACGGAAAGGCGAAUGAAUCUUUUCAAGCAGCAUUGGAGGAGUGUGAAGAUGGGGCAUUGACGUCGGAGGAGAGGGAGAUUGUGAAAGGAGAUUUGGAGAGGGUACUCCUUCUACGAGGAUCUGUACUUUGCAUUUCUUCUUUGAAUCAAGGGGGGGGGAUUUAUCUUGUUCAACAUUUAAAUUCGAUGAAUCCCUCAACAACAUCACACGCAGAUAAAACUCGCCGCCACUGCUUACUCGCAAAAAGCUGAGGUCGACGCUCUGGUCCGCCGCAUUCCUGGUUCAAGUCCCAAAGAUAUCAUCGACAACAAAGUCAUCGAGGCUUACGAUUCAGCUAUGGAGGUUGAGGGCAACGAAAACGCGGUCCUCUGUGCCAAUAGGUGUUUGUCGAAGUUGCAAGCGGGUCAAGUAGACGACUGCCUCCAAGACGCGGAUGAGACAGCGAGACUUUUAGCACUGUGGCCUGUACCAAGAGGCGCACCGAAAUUGCCAGAGAAACCACAGAGAUUAGAUCCGCCUACGUUGGAGGAUCACACGUUUCGGAAUCCUGUAGGUAAUAAUAUGGCUCUUAUAUAUAAUGCAGAGGUUGUACAACUCUUUAGAUUCGAGUAGUCUAAACAGGUGUUGAAUAAAACAAACUACAUUUUUGAAUCCCUAUCUUAAAAUCUUCCUUGCUUCAACGUCGACCACAUCAAAAAUCAACCCCCACAAACUGCAGGCAAAAAAGCCAAAGGCGAGGACGAGCGUGACUGGUUAAUGAAGCAUUCUGGUGGUAUUGCAGAAGGCGGCAAGCUUCCUGACAUUCCCGACGAUUUCGAGUGGGUUCGAGAUGCCUCUGAAAAGAACGAUGAAGCUUGGAUCGCCGUGAGGAAGAAGCUCAAGAGAGAGCAAAUAGAAUCCAUUCGUGCGAAAAUUAACAGGCUACAGGAGGCCUUGUAUUCUAGGAAGCUAGACCAGAUCGAUGCUGCGAUGGAAAUAGCGAAGAAGGAGAACUUCCAAAAAGAAGGACCCUCAAACGAAGCCUUGCAUCAAGCGGCGGUCUAUAGGAAUCAAUUAGCAGCGUUUUUGGAUGAACAAAAACAAAAAGCCGAUGCAGAGAGGGAUACGAGGAUCGAAGAGGAGAAAACGGUAAUAAAUUCUACAUUGAUCUUUGUGCUGUUCACUAUCAAAACGAAACGACUGACGAUACAGAUACUUUGCUUUUAUCAAAUUCUUACUCUUUCAAUUGAAAACACCAACAUCCAAAACUUACAUGUGGUCCUUCCUAUAUGAAUCACUCUCCUACCUCCAAACAGAGCGCUUCCUUCUUCGAGCGCUCUCUUUGCGCUACGCAACUUCCCGGUUGUUUCCGACGCGACCACCCAGUGGAGAGGACGAGACGUAGAAUCUUCGUCAAAACGAAACUGAGACAGGCACGGGCUUUCGAACUCCAAAGCAGAUGGGAAGAUGUCGCGGCUUGUCUAGACACGGUUUUGCAAGCGGAGAGACGAAACCCAGAUGCCUUAAGGAUGCACGCAGUAAACGCGGAGAGGUUAGCGGCAAUGGAGGCAAAGAACGUUCCUCCUUCAAGUGGUGCUGGUGGUCAAGACGGCUCGACAGGGAAAGCAGGACUAGCUGCAUCAUCUUCUAGUACAAAUACUGGCGAUCCUUCUAGUGGUGCUGACGUUGAUGUGGAACGACUAGUUGCGGAGAAGAUUUUAGGCAGUGGUGGUGCGGAAAAAAGUACAUCAAGUAGUUCUUCUUCGACGUCUACGACUUCCAAAGACGGAGGAGCGCAACCCGUCCAAAAAACCGAUGUCCUAGACGAUUCUGACUCUGAAGAUGAAGACGGGACUUCGUCAAAAGGCUUUUUGAACGGUGCUAGUGUCAAAGCUUUAGUGGCUACCGGAGCUAAGUAUCUCGAAAAGAGCGAAACUGAAUCCGCUUUGCAGAUUUUCCUCUAUGCGUUGUCGAAGGGUGAAGAUUUUCAGGACGCUCAACAGGAUACGCGAGAAGAGGAAUUGCGAUUGCGGUUGAACGUCUGUCUCUGUCAGCAGAAACUAAAGCGGGUCAAAGACGUUCUGGACACUUGUAGUGGGAUCUUGAGCAAAGUAGGUGUUUCCGGCUUUCCGCGUCUCGAAGCGGCUUGUCGCACACGUCGAGCUUGGGCUCUGAACCAAUUGUCGAGGACGAAGGAGGCGGUUGAGGAGAGUAAGAAAGCACAAGAGCUGUUGAGAGCGGCGGCGGCGUCGUAAUUUAGUAUCUAUAAUUCAAUGAAGUUGCUCCAUGCGAAUCAUGAACAACUGAAUACUUCUUUUGUUUGAGGAAUUUACGGUACUUCUCUUUUCAGUCAGAUUUUGUAAAAGUUGUUGAGCCGUGUGAAAAAGAUAUCUCGUGCUGUGGUCGUAUCAUUCUUCUGUAGACAUUGGGUCGCGCGAUAGUGCGUGAGAUGUCCUCGAAAGACUCAGAUAGAAGUGUCACUUGGCGCUUGGGGUUUUCUGAAUCAGAAUUUCUGGAGUGGAUGUUUUGGUACCUGCAUACGCAGGAGAUGAUGUGCGCU